ACUCCACACACAUCAUCUUGUUAUCCUCUACUACAUCAUCACAAGAACAGUCUCAUCAGUAGAUGAAAAUGGAUAAAAUGGAUAAAAUGGACCACCCCUCGACAAUGAAAGCUUGGCUCUACACCAGCACCACCGGAGGCCUCGAGAAAAACCUCGAGCUCAGCACCUCCGCCCGCACCCCCGGCGCCCCGGCCACGACCAACUGCUCAUCAAAGUCAUCUCAGCAUCCAUCAACCCAGCCGACUACAAAGUCCCCGAAAUGCCCAUCGCAUCCCGAUUUCUCGUGGCCUACCCCGCCACCCCGGGAAUGGACUUUUGCGGGAAGAUAGUAACCGCCGGCCCCGGCGUGACAGCCUUCCAACCCGGCCAGCUCGUCUACGGCACCACCGCUGCGCCGACGCAGUUCGGCUCGCUGGGCGAGUACCUCCUCUGCAAGACGGGGAAUGUAGCUCUCCUACCGGAGGGUGUAGCGCCCGACCACGCCGCCACCGUGGGCGUCGCCGCGCAGACGGCGUACCAGUCUAUCGCGCCGUAUGUCUCGCAAGGCGACAGGGUGUUUAUCAACGGGGGUUCAGGCGGGUGCGGGAUCUUCGCGAUUCAGGUCGCCAAGGCGCUGGGGUGUACCGUCACCACAACGUGUUCGACGCGCAAUGUGCAGUUCUGCAAGGAUCUGGGGGCCGAUGAGGUGAUUGACUAUGCCCAGGAGGAUGUGCUGGGUGUCCUCCGUGCCCGGGGGCAGGUGUAUGCGCAUGUGGUCGACCAUAUUGGGCUGCCGGAGGGGCUGUACGCGCAGUCGCAUGCGUUCUUGCUUCCGGGAAAGGCGUUUGUGCAGGUGGGUGCGGCGUCGAUGCUUACGUUUGUGCGGCGGGUGUAUGUGAUUUUUAUGCUGAAGAGUAAUAAAGAGGAUAUUGCGACGCUGGGGGAGUGGAUGCAGCAGGGGAAGUUGCGCGUGGAGGUUGACAGCACGUAUGAGCUGGAGGAUGCGGUCAAGGCGUUUGAGAAGCUGAGGUCGGGGAGAGCCAGAGGGAAGAUUAUCAUUCAUGUUUCUACUGAGUCCAAGUAA